GAUUGUGUAUAUGGUGUAGGAAAAAGUUAAGCAUGGAUGAAAUUCAUGAUAUUCAUGGGCUACGGCUGAUUGUGGAAAAUGUUGAAGACUGUUAUAAAGCAUUAGACCUUGUUCAUGGUUUAUGGCCUGUAGUUCCUGGAAAAUUCAAGGACUACAUAAAUCAGCCCAAGUGUAAUGGGUAUCGAUCUCUGCACACAGUAGUAAUGGGGAAGGGAUUGGUCCCACUUGAAGUUCAAAUUAGAACAAAAGAAAUGCAUUCUCAGGCGGAGUUUGGGUUUGCAGCUCACUGGAGAUACAAAGAAGGAGACUGCAUGCAUUCCACAUUUGUGCUACAGAUGGUUGAAUGGGCCCGUUGGGUGGUGACCUGGCAGUGUGAGACAAUGAUGAAAGAUCAAUCGUCCAUUGGCUACACAGAUGCCAUGAAACCACCCUGCAAAUUCCCUUUUCAUUCUGAAGAUUGCCCACAUUCUUACAAACCUUCUUGUGGAUCUGACGGACCCGUGUUUGUCAUUGUGAUCGAGAAUAACAAGAUGUCAGUGCAAGAAUUCCCUGCAAAUUCAAGGGUGAAGGAUCUCGUAGAUGUACGAUAUGGGUUUUCAGUGAAAGAAGAAGUACUGCUGAAAGUAAAUCGUGAAGCGGUCGAUGAUUUUAACUUUAGGUUGCGAAUGGGGGAUGUAGUGGAACUUGGUCCUAAGUUACCUGACAAAUCAUUAACGGAAUACAGGGAGGAAAUUCAGCGGAUGUAUGAGAUUGGGCAACCUGCAACAAGCAGGCAAAGAAUUGCUGGUUACAGGGUUGGUUGGAGAAGAUGAAGAUGAAGAUAAAGAUAAUAGGGUUAACUGGUUAAGUUACAUAUUGGGAAAAUGAUUUAGUGUAUAUACGGGGGCAGGGUUGUACAUAAUUAUGGUGUCAGGUGAAUGUUAUUUAGAUAGUUAUUCUUAUAUGUGAAUU